AUGGGUCGCGUUAGAACUAAGACUGUCAAGAAGGCUUCUCGUGUCUUGAUCGAAAAGUAUUAUCCUCGUCUUACUUUGGAUUUCCAAACCAACAAGAAGAUCUGUGACGAAGUUGCUAUUAUCACCACCAAGCGUCUUCGUAACAAGAUUGCCGGUUUCACCACUCAUUUGAUGCGCCGUAUCUCUCGUGGUCCUGUCCGUGGUAUUUCCUUCAAGUUGCAAGAAGAAGAACGUGAACGUCGUGAUAACUAUGUUCCCGAAUUCUCUGCUUUGGACACCUCUGCUAUCGAAAUCGACCCUGACACCAAGGAUUUGUUGAAGUCUCUCAACUUUGAAAACUUGCCCGGUGUUCAAGUCACUAACCCUGUUGCUGCCGGUGCUCACUCUGAUGUCCGUCGUCCUCGUGCUAACCGUCCUCGCAAGACUGAAGCUUAA